GUACUUCCCCCUCACUUCUCCGUCUCACAAUGAGUGUGGCAGCCAUCUUGGAUUUUCCCAUGCGGUCCCCAGUCAGUCCUCUUGCAGCCUGUAUGCCCUGAACGGCCGCUUCGUCCCCGGUGGGGUCCGGGAUAACCCCCCCGGCCCACGGGGGGGGGUAACGGGGCCCUUAGCAGGUGGCGACCAAGCACGGGAGAUCGGCCGCUUCUCCCGCCAGGGCCUCACAGCAGGCCGCAUUCCCACUCGCCCACCAGACCGCAUUGCCAGUGGAGUGGGGGCUGGUACUUGCCCCGAAGGUUGGUGGUCAGGUCUCCUUUGCCCUCUCACAGCAGCUGAGGGUUUUCCAG